GGUAACACUGCCACUGUGACGUCACGUAAAAUAGGCUGACGACAUCUUUUUAGACUUCGUAAUAAAAUGAUUUUCACUGGUUUUUCGUAGUGUUUCUACGUUUUAUUGUGUUUUUGAACAAUAAUAGACGCUAAAUUUCAUUAGUGUAGUGUAAAUUAAGCUCAGUGUGAUGGGCGUAUUUUAAUUUUUGUGCAUGCAAGUGAUGAAGGUAAAAGAAAAUGGCUACCUUCGAACGCAUGUUGUUGACCAGGAAACGGAUGAUAAUAGCCGAGAAGUACAACGUUAUUCGCAAAAUCGGCGGUGGAAGCUUCGGAGACAUCUUUCUAGCAAUAAACAUCGGUGAUGGAGAGGAGGUAGCAGUUAAGGUUGAAUCGAUAAAGGCGCGCCACCCGCAGCUUCUCUAUGAGAGCAGAGUGUAUAAGAUGCUCCAAGGGGGCAUCGGAAUACCACACAUAAGAUGGUACGGCUACGAGAAGGACCACAACAUCCUCGUGAUGGACCUGCUGGGCCCGUCUCUCGAGGACCUGUUCAAUUUCUGCUCGCGCCAGUUCACCAUCAAGACUGUUCUUAUGCUUGCAGAUCAAAUGCUGGGCCGCGUGGAGUUCAUCCACUGCAAAUGCUUCAUACACCGUGACAUCAAGCCGGACAAUUUCCUAAUGGGCAUCGGGCGUCAUUGCAACAAGCUUUACAUGAUCGACUUUGGGCUUGCCAAGAAGUUCAGGGACCUGCGCACGAGGGCGCACAUCUCUUAUCGCGAGGACAAGAAUUUGACUGGCACGGCGCGUUACGCGUCCAUUAACGCACACCUCGGCAUUGAACAGUCGCGACGGGACGACAUGGAGUCGCUCGGCUAUGUACUUAUGUAUUUCAAUAGAGGAUCACUGCCGUGGCAAGGGCUGAAAGCCAUCACGAAGAAACAGAAGUACGAGCGUAUUAGCGAGAAGAAAAUGUCUACUCCCGUCGAAGUUCUCUGCAAGGGCUUCCCGGCGGAGUUUGCGAUGUAUUUAAAUUAUUGCCGCGGGCUCACCUUCGACGAACCUCCAGACUACAUGUAUCUCAGACAGCUGUUCCGCAUCCUGUUCCGCACGAUGAACUACCAGUACGACUACACGUUCGACUGGACGAUCCUGCGGCAGCACAAGCAGCACAAGCAGCACAUGGAGGGCGGAGCGCCCGCCGCCGACCGCCGCUCGCCCUCCGUGCAGCGCCGCAACAACCAGCCGCCGCCGCCGCCCGCCAACAACGAGUGAAAGAGAUUACGACGUUCGGCAGCCUCGGGUGUUCCGGCCAAGAAGAGGGCGCGAUAAUGUUGUGUGUGCGUGUGUGGACCCAUAUGUCGGUAACCCGGUCGCCGCGCGUGCGUCGCCAAAUGAGGACAUGAUUUUUUUUCAAGAGGCCUUUUUAAUUCAACGGUCAUAGUGAAUUUUUAUGCUUCAUAUCGUCGGGUCGGCGCGUUCCAUUUACCAAUUCGUAAACGGCGAAUAAGUGAAAUGUCCCAAAGAAUUUGCCGACUCGAUUGUGUGUGCAAAAUACUUCGGUAAUGUAACUUUGCUGUGUAGCCAGAAACGACUCGUAUGUAACAUAAUUAUAAAGUUCAUUUUGCAAUGAAUGUCAUUAGGGUCCAUUGAACAUUACGCAUUUUUUUUAAAUUGAAAGUAAAUUUAUUGUAAUAAAUUAAUUCAUGUAACAAUUUAACUCGGUAAAUUUCCGUUGUAGUUCUAAUUACAUAUUCAUUUGUUAGUUUUCGAUGUUAGUUUUUUUCUUAGUGUUGUGGAUUGUCAAAUAAGGUGUUUCAAAACUUUAUACCUUGAAUGGACAUUUUCCAUAUAAAUAUUGAUUAAAUUACGAUUAAAACUUAUACGCGAAUGAAUAUUGUCACCGAACUAUUGUAAAUGUGGUUAAAUUAUGAAGCCGUAGGUUAGGUAGUUCAUAAUUUACCUAAUCGUUAGUCUAAAAUGUCACGGUUUUUGCAAUUUUGCGAUUUAAUAUUUGUUAAACUUAUAUGAAAGAAAAAUUCGAUAUAGAUAUAUGAAAUAGUGUUGCUGUAAAUAAGAAAUAUUUAAGAUAUUGAUUGGAGUUAUCAGAGUUAUGAUUAAUGUAGACACCUUAUUUGACAACAGAUACGACUCGAUAUGUUAAAAUGGGGAUUAAGGCGUAACUUCUAUGACACAUAAGUAUUGUUGUCAAUAAAUGUGAGUAUUAGACGGCAUUAUUGUGCGAUAACAGACAUAGAACCGCUAUUUUAAUCCCCUUUGUGAUCGAGUUGUCCAAUAAAAUGCUAUGUCCCCUGUGCUAUAUCAGUCAACUGUACAUACGCAACAGGAUUGCUAAAGCAAUUGUCACCUUAUCUCGAACACUGUAAUACGAUAUUGGUUUAAAAGUUCAUUAAAAUUACUGAUUACUAAUGUAAGUAGGUUUCUGUAAUAAAAGAGAAAAUGUAAAAAAAAGGAAAAAAUAUGUUAGGUAAUAAAUCUGAUUCCCGUUUCUUGAGGCAGCGUAGCCUGCGGCGUCCGAGCUAGCUGUAGGGUUUUUUUUUUUUUAUUUCGGCAAAGUAUGUAUACUUAUAAAAUUGUAAAUAAAUUUCAUUGUACGCAGACGACGCUGCCCCAAAGAAUGUCGGUACAUAUGUAUCGCAUAUUUUAAAAUAUAGAAAUUUAAUAAUAAUAAUUGUAAAUAUAAAACAGUGUUCAUUGUGUUAUUUUUUUAAGGAACAGUAAAAUUUUUUGUUUACUAAGCGUUGGCGCCCCGGCACUGCAAUAAAAUACAUGAUUUGGCACCGAUUGGGUGGUAUUUUUAUAUAAUCUGUACGUUUGUGAGUUGUUAGCUUGUGUGUAUGUUGGUAAAAAAAUAUUCGAGCAUUUUGUAAUAGUGUGUAGGCGCAAUACAAUGUAAAAAAAUUGUCUUUAGAAAAUGGAACGUUUCCUAGCUUUAAAAAAAGACAAUUUACAUCUGUGAAGACUUGACCAUAGACGAAAAUUACCUAUCAUGAUCUUACUUCACGGGUCUACUGAAAUACGCUCACAGUGCAAAAAAAAAAACAGACGCAAGCUAGCAAUAACGAAUACUAGUAGACAAUAGUAAUUCGCUACAAUGCUUCCACAAUACAAGACAAAGACGUCGGGGGCCGCUACUAUAUAAGUAAUGUAAGUGAUACGCGUUACGAAUGAAUGGGAUAUGGGGCGCUCAUGUGUGUUGCGCUGUGAUCUGUAUAGCUAUAAUAGUAUAACUGUAAUAUUUUUUUUAUUCCGGACAGAAACCAUAGUCGAUGUUAACUGUUCUAAGACGAUAUUAGUAAUUUAUUUUAAUAUGGGUCCCGUGUUUUAAGUCCACUUAAACACUGGACCCAUAUUAAAUUAAGUAAUUGGACCAUCCAUGUCCAUCCCCUGCCAAUAACAGAAAAAAAAAAAUCAAAUAAAAUUCAAUAAUUUUGAAUUAGACGAGUGCUUUUUAAUUUUUCCCUUUUAACAACUUCAUAUUGGUGUAGUAAGAAGGGUAAAAAAUUACUGUAUUACUAGUGAGAUUGGCAAAUAAUAUUAUAAAAUGCAUUAUGUAAGUUAUUGUCGUUAGAACUUAUCAUUGUCAAGGAAAAAUGUAUGUUUUUUGAAAAAUGUCAUCGAGUAAAAUGGUAGACAUAAAAUUGAACCAAGUUAUGAAAGGUCGAAUACUCCGCAGUGAGAAUAUUCGUAUUAUAAUCACAUUCUGAUAUUUGAAUUAGCUAUAUAAAUCACAGCGUAACGAAACUAAAUAUCGAUUAGCCUGCCUAAGAGUUGGUCGCACCAGUUAAUGUUGACUUUAACCAGCGCGACGCUAUCGUUUAGAUAAAUUACUUUUUAUGCGCAGCUUAAAGGUGACGUCAAAGUCGACUGGUGCAACGUACCCUAAGUGUGAUCAUUUGGAGACAAAAUGUUUUGACCACGGAAUUUGUGACCUUUCUAUGUGAUAUAACGGAUCUCAUAUUCCCUUACACGAAUGUAACGUGGAACUGCAGGCGGACAUUAUUUUGUCUCCAUUUGAAUGAGUUUACUCAAUGUAUGCACUUUUAACUUUAAAUUAAUUAAUAAAUAAAUAAUAAUAAACACGUAUCA